AUGACGAUGAGCGAUUCCAACAUCCAGUUGGUCAGAGCUUUCACUGUGGUAUUUGCUACAAUGUCAUCAAAGAUCCAGUCAUGUGUCGACAUAAUGAACACUUGUUCUGCAAGUUGCAUCACCAGACAUCUCAUGAACUCUCAGACAUGUCCAACAUGCAUUGAGCCACUUACUGUUGACACCUUGACUCGAGCAUCGCGUACCGUAACCAAUUUACUGUCGGAAUUAAAGAUUCGAUGUGAAUUCUUCAAUCGUGGUUGUGAAACAUUUGUGGAGUUAGGAGAUCUUCAAAGGCAUCUUGCGGACUGUGGGUUCGCCCCAGUAGUCUGCUCGAAUGAAGGCUGUGGUCAGAAGGUGAAUAAGCAAGGUUUAUUGCAUCACGAGACAGCCGUGUGUAAAUUUCGCCGUGUGAAAUGUCCAAGCUGCAAUGAAAUCAGCCAAGAGAUGGAUGUGAUUAAGGGCAAUUUGGCUUUUAUGAAGCUCAUGUUGAAUCACUUUGGCAAAGUCCUGAAAAAAAAUGAGAUGAAAUUGAAUAGAAACGUUGAGAUGCUUCAAAAACAACUCAACAAGCAGGAGGAAAACAAUCGUCGGUUAGAAGCGGACAAUGUAGAAAUGAAGAAAGGUUUAGGGAAACUGGCACAACAAUUGGAAAGAUUGACCCAGCAGCGAGAAGAUCUAAAGAAAAGUUCCGCAGAAGCUGUUGAACCGGACAGAAAGCCGAGGAUUAUCGUUGCCGGGGGAUAUAACGGUGGGAGUUUAAAUUCUGUGGAAAUGUUCAGCUACUCAAAUGGAAAGUGGUUACCACUACAACCAAUGAAACAGCCCCGUCGUUUGGCACCGUCUGUCGUUUACAACAAUCAAAUGCUUGUCAGUGGAGGUUUUAGCAAUCGUAAGGCAGUAAAGUCGAUGGAAAAAUUAUCGUUGAAAUAUGUCCAUGUAAACGAGUCCAUAUUUUGGGAAGAUGAUCCUGCAGAGUUACACAGGCCCUUGUAUGGACACUCCAGUGUUAUGUAUAAUGGGCGGUUGAUAGUCAUUGGAGGUUAUGAUGGAACUGCAUUUACACCUGCUAACAUUGCUGAGAUAUCUCUUGUUCCUCCUUACACCAGUAAAGUGUUGGCUACCCUGCCAGAGAGUAGAUGGCAACAUGGGGCUAUCUUGUUUGGUAACACAAUCGCAAUUCUUGGCGGAAGAAAAGUUUGGGAAGGUUCGUCGAAUCUAGAAAGCGUUUUGUCUUAUGAUAUUGUCAAGAAUGAAUGUCGUCAUUUAGCACCAUUGCCUUAUCCUAUGCAUGGAAUGGCCACUGUCAAGUGGGGUGAUGACGAAGUGAUUUUAAUCGGAGGCAGCGACUAUAGCGACAUGAAGUAUAAGAGGAGAGGAUGUGCUGCCGCAGUCGUUGGUGACACUGUGGUUGUCAUGGGGGGACAAGAUGAAAGAGGAAACUCUUUAAAGUCUGUCGAAAGUUUCAGGUUCGAUUCAUGCACCUGGGAAGAACUUCCCGAUAUGCAAGAAGCAAGAUACGGAGCUACAACAGUUGUAUGUUAA